AACACGAAUUUCCCGUUUCAACACAUUAUCUUCGCCAUUUCUUGUUACUGCAGACAUUGGAUGUAGCAAAUAUGAGUCUGGGUGCAUCCAGUGACAUACACGACUAUGGACCAGCUCCGUAUAUUCCUGAAACUACCUGGGUGGACUGGUCCAGCUUUGGCGUGAUCUUUAGUACCGGUGUAUUCAGUCUUUUGUUUCAGCAUUCCGUCCCAG